GCAAGCCCAUCCCACUGCACCCUCACUCCAUAAAAGUUGUCUCCCCAGUCACCUCAUAAAGCCCAUUCUAGUGCUUCUGGAAUCAUUUCUCCUCUUUUCUUCUUUCUCUCUCGAACAUUCGCUCUGGGGUUCCAUUCCUUGCUCUCUGCAGCUGUAAUCGCUUGUUGCACUAUAUGCUUCCUAGAAAGAGACCAGGGGAAGGCGAGGCUGUUAACGAAGGCAAUUCCCAGAGUGUUCUCAAGAAGCAUCGCAUCAGUUCCUCCACCGAUAGCAAGAAUAAUCAGGAGAGUAAUAGCAGUGGAACUGGUAGCCUUGUCGUAGGGAACAGCAACAGUAACAGCAACAAAAGCUGCGGGGAACAAACAAUCACGGAGAUGGCCUUUGAUGAUGGAAAUCCGCGUGAUAUCGAUGAGGAUCUCCACAGCCGGCAGCUUGCAGUGUAUGGGCGAGAAACGAUGCGGCGGCUCUUUGCAUCUAACGUUCUUGUGUCUGGAAUGCAGGGCCUUGGAGUUGAGAUUGCUAAGAAUCUAAUUCUUGCUGGUGUGAAGUCUGUGACAUUGCAUGAUGAAGGGACUGUGGAGUUGUGGGAUAUGUCCAGUAACUUUGUUUUCUCAGAAAAGGAUUUGGGUAAAAACAGGGCACUUGCUUCAAUGCAGAAGCUACAAGAACUUAACAAUGCUGUGGCUAUAUCGACUUUGACUACGAAGUUGACUAAAGAACAACUUUCUGAUUUCCAGGCUGUCGUUUUUACUGACAUCAAUUUAGAGAGUGCAAUUGAGUUUAAUGAAUACUGCCACAAUCAUCAGCCUCCUAUUGCUUUUAUUAAGACAGAAGUAAGAGGCCUUUUUGGUAGUGCAUUUUGUGAUUUCGGACCUGAGUUCACUGUCUUUGAUGUCGAUGGUGAGGAACCCCAUACAGGUAUCAUUGCAUCUAUUAGUAAUGACAACCCAGCUCUUGUGGCAUGUGUGGACGAUGAAAGGUUGGAGUUUCAGGAUGGGGAUCUUGUUGUGUUCUCAGAAAUUCAGGGAAUGACCCAACUCAAUGAUGGAAAGCCGAGAAAGAUAAAAAAUGCACGUCCUUACUCUUUCACCCUUGAUGAAGAUACAACUAAAUUUGGUACAUAUGAGAGAGGUGGUAUUGUAACCCAAGUAAAGGAGCCUAAGAUUUUGAACUUCAAGCCACUGAAGGAAGCAAUCAAAGAUCCUGGUGAUUUUCUUCUUUCUGAUUUCUCUAAGUUCGACAGGCCACCUCUCUUGCAUUUGGCAUUCCAAUCACUAGAUAAGUUUGUGUCUGAACUCGGGCGCUUCCCGACUGCUGGGAGUGAAGAGGAUGCUCAAAGGUUGAUUUCUAUAACCAGUGACAUAAAUGAGGGUCUAGGUGAUGGGAAGCUGGAUGAUAUAAAUCCAAAACUUCUCAGACACUUUGCUUUUGGUGCCCGAGCUGUACUGAAUCCAAUGGCUGCCAUGUUUGGUGGCAUUGUUGGGCAGGAGGUUGUGAAGGCCUGCUCUGGGAAGUUUCAUCCUCUUUUUCAGUUCUUCUACUUUGACUCACUAGAAUCUCUUCCUACCGAGCCCUUAGAUCCUAGUGAUUUGAGACCUUUAAAUAGCCGUUACGAUGCCCAGAUUUCAGUCUUUGGGUCUAAGUUUCAAAAGAAACUAGAAGAUGCAAAGGUUUUUGUUGUCGGGUCUGGUGCUCUUGGGUGUGAGUUCCUUAAGAAUUUAGCUCUAAUGGGAGUUUCAUGUGGAAAACAUGGAAAGCUGACAGUUACCGAUGACGAUGUAAUAGAGAAGAGUAACUUAAGCAGGCAGUUCCUCUUUCGAGAUUGGAAUAUUGGGCAGCCAAAAUCCACUGUUGCUGCUUCUGCUGCUUCAUCAAUUAAUCCUCUUCUACACAUAGAAGCUUUGCAGAAUCGCGUGGGCCCUGAGACAGAGAAUGUUUUUAAUGAUGCCUUCUGGGAGAAUCUCAAUGUUGUGAUCAAUGCCCUUGACAAUGUAAAUGCCAGACUUUAUGUUGACCAGAGAUGCUUGUAUUUCCAAAAACCACUUCUUGAGUCUGGGACAUUAGGUGCCAAAUGCAAUACGCAAAUGGUUAUUCCCCAUCUGACAGAAAAUUAUGGUGCUUCCCGGGAUCCCCCUGAAAAACAAGCACCCAUGUGUACUGUGCACUCUUUCUGGGCGCGGUCGGAAUUUGAGGGCUUGCUUGAAAAGACACCUGCCGAAGUAAAUGCCUAUCUUUCUAACCCUAGUGAGUAUACAUCUGCAAUGAGAAAUGCUGGGGAUGCUCAAGCCAGGGACAAUUUAGAACGCGUAAUUGAGUGCCUUGACAGGGAGCGUUGUGAAUCAUUUCAAGAUUGUAUUACAUGGGCUCGUAUGAAGUUUGAAGAUUAUUUCGCAAACAGGGUGAAGCAGUUGACUUUCACCUUCCCUGAAGAUGCUGCAACCAGUACUGGUGCACCUUUCUGGUCAGCACCAAAGCGAUUUCCUCGUCCCCUGCAGUUUUCCGUUACUGAUCCCAGCCAUCUUCAUUUUAUUAUGGCUGCAUCCAUACUGCGUGCUGAGACAUUUGGCGUUCCUGUACCUGACUGGGUGAAGCACCCCAAGAAAUUGGCGGAGGCUGUUGAUAAAGUCAUUGUUCCUGAUUUUCAACCAAAAAAGAAUGUGAAAAUUGUUACUGAUGAGAAAGCUACUAGUCUUGCUACUGCUUCUGUGGAUGAUUCUGCUGUUAUCAAUGAAUUAAUUAUGAAGCUGGAGCAAUGUCGGAAGACUUUACCACCAAACUUCAGGAUGAAACCUAUUCAGUUUGAAAAGGACGACGAUACAAAUUACCACAUGGAUCUAAUAGCAGCACUUGCUAACAUGAGGGCAAGGAAUUACAGCAUUCCUGAAGUUGAUAAGCUGAAAGCGAAGUUCAUAGCUGGGAGGAUUAUUCCAGCCAUUGCAACUUCAACAGCAAUGGCCACCGGUUUAGUCUGCCUUGAGCUAUAUAAAGUAAUUGAUGGGUCUCACAAGUUAGAAGACUACCGUAACACAUUUGCUAACCUAGCUCUACCAUUAUUCUCCAUGGCUGAACCAGUGCCACCCAAGGUUGUCAAGCACCAGAACAUGAGCUGGACCGUAUGGGACCGAUGGAUCAUAAAAGGUAAUCCCACUUUGAGGGAACUGCUCCAAUGGCUUGCAGACAAGGGCCUGAAUGCUUAUAGCAUUUCUUUUGGAAGUUGUCUGCUCUAUAAUAGCAUGUUCCCUCGGCACAAAGAGCGUAUGGACAAGAAGGUUGCUGACCUAGCAAGGGAUGUGGCCAAGGUAGAGCUACCACCAUACCGCGAUCACCUGGAUGUUGUUGUAGCAUGUGAGGAUGACGAAGAUAAUGAUGUUGAUAUUCCUCAGAUAUCCGUUUACUUCCGCUGAAUAUUCACCUCAUGACAUUAGAAUUGUAAGACAGGGUCUUUAUAUUCCACCCUUUCGAUUAUAGUGUAUUACUUCUAGAGAACGUGCCUGUACGGAUACUUUGAGAUUUCAUUUAUGUAUUGGAAUAACUGAAGCACUCAAACCUGUUUGUUGUCUGUUUGAUCUUUGAUUAAUCAUUUGUGGAGCAUUGUUUGAUAAGCC